AUGAAGACGUCCUUUUCCGUCAAGCUUGUGCUUGUCGUCGCCUUGUUCCUGGAUUGGACGGCCCAGGUGGACGGGUUUUGGUCGAAAAGUCUUACGAAGCAGUUGAAGGCGCCAAAGAAAGAGAAGGAAGAGAAAGGUGCAGCCAAAGAUGAAGCCAAGAAGAAAAAGGAAGCGGACAUGAAAAGGCAAAAGGAGCUGGAGAAGCAGUAUCUGAAAUAUAGCGAGGGGAUCUUUAUCCAAAGUAUGGCCAGGGGAAAAAGUUGGCUCACUGGUGGCCGAAGCGAUAAGAACAAAAGCGUAUAUGUCCAGGACCUCACAAAAAAAGGUGAGGAAAAAAAGCACUACACGUGGCGGAUUAUUGCUGGUUCUGUGUCGGGCGGAAAAUUCCACGAGAAAAAAAAAGGAACUUGUGUGAAAUAUGGCGAUUGGGUUUGGCUCCAGGUCAUUGGAACUAAGACGUGGAUGAGACGAGGUCAAAAUGGUGUUGGCUCAGGUUUGAGCCACAGAGACGUACCUUCUACUACUUCUGGUGACGCCACUAGAAAAUAUGGGGACAAAAUAGAAGACCUUUACUUGUGGAAGAUCACGAGUGUGAACCCAAUGUCGACAAACCCUGCUAAGGACAAGGACCCUUCGCGAGGCAGAUGUAUCCUGGACAUGAGUGCUGUCUACUUUGAACAAAAAAGACAAGUAAAAGGCCUCUCUUCUUGGAAUUUCCUCUCAGUCCCAGAUACGACACACGGGGUAAAAAUCCGAACCGCAGGCAAAGGUUACGAAGGAUUAAAAGGUGACCAAUGGAUCUUGAGGAGGGACGAAGGACAGGGAGGGAACACACCAAGGGAUGCUUUCACCUGUGAAGCAACGGCAGCAGAAUCGAAUUGGAUACUGAUCAAAAGUUGCGCAGGAUGCACAGACCAGACUGUGUCUUACGAACAUGGAAUGACAGAAACAAAAGGAAAGGACUACACCAAGUCAAAAAACUGGGAAUUGAGUGUUAGCAGGACCGUGGAAGCCGACCUCAAGGUUGGCAGCACAUCUACUGAAGUCGGCUUUAGUUAUGGCCAAGAGGUGUCCAACACUGUUUCCGAAUCUUUGGAGUUUUCCAAGACGGAGACGCUAGACUCAAACUUUGAGCGACCUUAUGUCUGGCAGUUUGAAACCGAAGUUACAGGUAUUUGUGGUGGUAAAACCAAAUUUCCAUCCAGACACCUAGCCGGCACUAACUCGGCAUCGGAGAUGCCCUGCUGUGUGCCCAAAUACUUUCUGGACGCCAAAGAUCAUCCCCAUGGCGCAUGCAAGCAAGGUACUCCAUGUUUCUGUGACAAGGAUGUCUGCUUUCCCAAGCCCAAACCCAAGCCCGAAAAAGAGGAAGAGAAGCCCAAGCCCGAAAAAGAGGAAGAGAAGCCCUCGAAACCCUCGAAACCCUCGAAACCCAUCCAGAAGCCCUCGACGAAACCAGGACCCCUUACUCCUUCGAAACCGGUCGAGAGCGAAAGCGAAGAGGAGGAAUACAAGCUACCAGGACGCCCUUCCACUCCUUCGAAACCGGUCGAGAGUGAAAGCGAAGAGGAGGAAGACGAAGACGUGAUUCCCGACUGGCUCCUCGAGAAACUCAUUCUCAACUACGAUGAAGACUGUUUGGAAGCCAUGUUUGUAAUGCUGGAAGAAACCAUCGCCGAAGCCAUCUAUGGAGCUGGUUCUGAACGCAAGCUCCAAACCUACAACACUGUGAUCAAUAUUGGUUCCGGUGGUGGGACCGGCGACAUGAGCAAUUUCCCUUCGCAGGGCGGCGGGCAGGGCGGCGGAAGGGGCGGCGGGCAGAGUAGAGGAAAGGACCUUGGCGAUCGUGUUGAUCGUGGCGGUAAAAUUCGCGGAAAGGACCUUGGAGACCUUGUUGGCAGUGGUGGAAAGAAGGACCUUGGAGACCUUAUUGAUCGCGGCGGUAAAAUUGGCGGAAAGGACCUUGGAGAUCUUCUUGACCGCGGCGGUUCGACGAGCGGCAAACGUGAUGGUGGUUGUUACAUGGAUCCUGAUCUCUUGGCCUGGGGCGAGUCGGUUGCCUUGGAAGCCAUUUAUACGUAUUGA